GAGACCAAGCCGGUUGCAGAGACCAAGCCGGUUGCAUUUGCACAGCGAAUUCUAACGUGAGAAGCAUCCUUGUUGAAUUUUUCUUUGUUUCGGAUACGCCGAUGGGAGAAUCGGUGUCGGUGGUUUCACCUUCAGAAGCGGCGGCGGGGAAAGGGGUUUACAUGAGGUGGGAGGAGGUGGCGGUUUCAAGCGACAAAGGGAAGAGAGAGGUCCGUUAUUAUCUGAAGAGAAGAGACGGGGUAUCGGAUCUGGCUAUCAUAGGGAAAGAGAAGAGUUUGCGGCACAUGUCCUAUCGCUACGCAAUUCCGAAUAGCUCGUAUCUGUCGAAGGCGCCAUUUUUGAAGCUCAAGUCUCGCCGAGAGGUGAUUGAUUGGCUCGACUAUAUUGUUUCAGACUUCAAACCUCAUAAAUCAUCCUUCCUAGCUGGUGUCCAUUUCAAUAACGCCAAUGCUUGCGGUCUAGAUGCUUUAAGGUUUAAGGAUACCCGAUUGCGGAAGCUGGGUCACUGCACCAAAGAAUUUUUAUGGCUGGGUACUCCAUGGACAUGCAGGAAAAGGCGUAAGCAUUAUAUAUCUUUCCAUCGAAAUGGUGUUAAAAUUUCUGUUUAUGACUUUGUGUAUGUUUUGGCUGAGGAGGAUAAACGACUUGUCGCCUACUUGGAAGAUUUGUAUGAGGACUCUAAAGGAAACAAAAUGGUUGUGGUACGGUGGUUUCACAAAAUUGACGAGGUUGGUAUUCUUUUGCCUCGCAACUUCAAUGACAGAGAGAUUUUCUCUUCACUUUGUCUUCAAGAUCUGAGCAUUGAAUGCAUUGAUGGAUUGGCUACCGUCCUCAGUCCCCAGCAUUUUGAAGAAUUUGUCAAUGAUGCCGCACAUACUCUGUUGGAACCAUUUGUUUGCAGCAGGCAGUUUGACAAUGAUGAUGUCCAGCCAUUUGACAUAACUCAAGUAAAAGGUUACUGGAGACAAGAGAUACUUAGAUAUAUGUACAACCGUUCUCCUGGAAACAGCCAUGAGAAUUUUCAGCUGACUGAUAAGGGCCUUAGAAUUGAAGGAGUUGUCAGUGACACAUCUGGGAUCAGACCUAAGAAAAGAUGUUAUCCAUCAAAGGAUGAUGAGGUCCGCGACAGUAAAAAUUCCAUGAAUGCAGCGGUUUUGAAUACUCAAGAUAUAAAUCCUUGUUAUCUUAAUGUCGGCUCUCAUGUUGAGGUACUCUGCCAGGACAGUGGAAUGAGAGGAUGUUGGUUUAGAGCUUUGAUAAUUAAGAAGCGAAAAGAUAAGGUGAAGGUUAGAUACCAGGAUGUUCAAGAUGCUGCUGAUGAAGUUAAAAAACUAGAGGAAUGGAUUUUAGCUUCCAGGAUUGCAGAUCCUGACAUAUUGAGCAUCCGGAUUUAUGGUAGGAGUAUAAUUCGUCCAUUGCCUCGGUCUAUUGAAGGCGGAGUUUCAUGGCUUGCGAGUGUUGGUACUUCAGUGGAUGCAUGGUUGCAUGAUGGCUGGUGGGAAGGCAUUGUGGUUCUAAAUGAAUCUGAAGAUAGAAUUCACGUCCAUUUCCCAGGAGAAAAGCGAGAAUCAGUUUUUGGUCAUGGGAACUUGAGACAUUCUCGAGAAUGGUUGGGAAAUGGGUGGACAGCUUUAAAGGAAAGGCCAGAUAUAGUGUCUAAUUUAUUGUCUCAAACAGAACAAGAGCUGCCAGCUAUUGUAUCAUGUGAUGUCCAGGUUGAGAUUUGUGAUAGCAAACAAGUGAGCGUCGACUCUGGAAAUAAGAAGGCACAAGAGUUGAAGGUGGUUUUUGAUCUGACCAAGGAUGAUUCUCUUUCCCAGCUGAGAUGGAAGUCAUCAAGAAAAAGGAGACGUGGUAGUGGCACCUCCGUCCGCAAGUUGCAUUGUGAUGAAUCUGAUGACAAAAGUAACUCCCAAGUUGUUGAAUCUCAUGCUUGUGAAAGAUUCUUGAUCUCCUCACCCUUGGAAGUCGAUCAUGAGAACUGCAAAUACUUGGGGGAUUCUCUGUUUAGUACUUCUGUAUUGCCGCCUUUAACAAGCUUGGUUAUGUCCCGGUGACGGGUCUCUUUUAGUUAGGAUCUGUAAGACUUGAUCUUCAUUCUUUCUAGCAGUUUUUAGGUUUCUGCACUCCUUUUCCUUUUUCUCCCGGCAUAUAUGUCGUACAAUACAUCUACUUGAUGCAUUGUUUUCAAGUUGCUGUAUUUCAUCCAUGCUCUGUGUUUUUUUAAGAAUUGAGGAAGUCAUGGCUUCUAAGUAGACCCCCCUAUGGCCCUAUCUUAAAAAUUGUAUUUAUUUUUAAUAAUAGCUUUUCUGGAGGGAACAGCUAGAAGCUGGGUUGAAAAUUCGGGUAACAAUUUUGGGUGCAGUCGAGUGACAAUUAGAGUCUAAUUCUUACCCCAAUAAUCUUUGUAUCGUGAUUUCUGAUUCGCAGGAAGUAAGUCCUCUUCAUGUAAUCUGUAUAUGAUCUCUCUGGUAAUAAAAUUUCAAUAGCUUCAUUCUC